AUGGGCAGCAACUUUUGCUUUGUUGUUGUAGCAGCAAUAUUUAUUAUGGCCAGAUUAAUAUCAGCAACCCCAGUAGAGUUUAUUGCAAAUCCACCAGUGGAAGUGGCCUCAUCUCCAUUUUCAGAGAUAUCUCCAGAUAUUGCACCUCUCUUGCCUUCUCCUGGUGGGGUUGUACCUCCUGCUUCUUCUGUUUCUUCUGUGCCUACUAUUCCUUCAAAUCCUAGCAAAAAUCCAGAUGAUGAAAUGUUCCCUAUUGGCCCUGAUUCUGCUGCUCUUGCACCUUCUGCUUUUUCACCUGUUUCUUCUGCUCUUUCUCUAACAGUUUAUCUCAACAUUGCAGUGUUUGUAGUAGUUGCCUUAGUUUUUAUCUCAGAAGUUGUAUAA